UUUCCAAUGUGUGACCCGAGUCUGCACCUAUCGGCCCUGGGACCGUUCGGGAAUAGGGGCGUAGCUGCGAAAGGGCUCCCGAGUCCGAGCGGAGCGUGGGUACCUGUCCGCGGGCGGCCACCGGAGGGAACGCAGUUCAGUUAGGGUAGCUGGCUGCGCUGAGGGCUCCGAAGCCCACGGAGGGGCGCUCGAGGGGUCGGUCCGGGCUGGGGCAAGCUGAGCGGGGUCGCCCGCGCUCCACGCGCUGGAAGCCGGAGGAUCGGGCUUGGCCGCGUGGUGCGCUUUCAUGGAGGUUCGGGCGGCUGCCGGAGACUGGGUCCUGCUGCCGCCCCGUCUGCCCGCGUCGGUUCUACCGGAUCCUGGGGGUUUGAGAGGCACAGGCAGAGCUCUCACGAGAUGGCACCAGAUGACGGUAGGCACGUAGGAUGAGGCCCCGCCUGGAAACCAUCAUCACGGGCCCAGUCUCCUGACCGCAGCCGGCAUAUGGGGCCAUGGCCCGGCUCCCGGGGCACCCAGAGGUCCCCGGCCCAGAGCCUGGCAGCACAGGCCGGGGAGGUCGAGGCAGUCGAGCAGCCCGAGCGCGACACGUCAUUAUCAACGUCGGGGGCUGCCGGGUGCGGCUGGCCUGGGCCGCACUGGCCCGCUGUCCCCUGGCACGCCUCGAGCGCCUGCGAGCCUGCCGCGGCCACGACGAGCUGCUGCGCGUGUGUGACGACUACGACGUGAGCCGCGACGAGUUCUUCUUCGACCGCAGCCCGUGCGCUUUCCGCGCCAUCGUGGCGCUGCUGCGCGCCGGCAAGCUGCGGCUGCUGCGGGGCCCGUGCGCCCUGGCCUUCCGCGACGAGCUGGCCUACUGGGGCAUCGACGAGGCGCGGCUGGAGCGCUGCUGCCUGCGUCGCCUGCGCCGCCGCGAGGAAGAGGCCGCCGAGGCGAGCUCCGGGCCACCCAGCCGUGGGCCCCCGGGGAGCCCGGUGCGUGCCCUGGGGACCGGGCGGCUGGAGCGAGGCCGACGGCGCCUGCGCGAUGUGGUGGAGAACCCGCACUCCGGGCUGGCAGGCAAGCUCUUCGCCUAUGUCUCCGUGGCCUUCGUGGCGGUCACAGCCGUUGGCUUGUGUCUGAGCACCAUGCCUGACAUCCGAGCAGAAGAGGAACGGGGCGAGUGCUCCUCGAAGUGCCGCAACCUGUUUGUGUUGGAGACGGUGUGCGUGGCCUGGUUCUCCUUCGAGUUCCUGCUGCGCUCUCUGCAGGCCGAAAGCAAGUGCGCCUUCCUGCGGACUCCGCUUGCCAUCAUCGACAUCCUGGCCAUCCUGCCCUUCUACGUGUCGCUGCUCGCGGGGCUGGCUGCAGGGCCCACGGGCAGCAAGAUGCUGGAGCGCGCGGGGCUGGUGCUGCGGCUGCUGCGGGCGCUGCGCGUACUCUACGUGAUGCGCCUGGCGCGCCACUCGCUGGGACUGCGCUCGCUGGGCCUCACCGUGCGCCGCUGCGCGCGCGAGUUCGGACUGCUGCUGCUCUUCCUCUGCGUGGCCAUGGCGCUCUUCGCGCCGCUCGUGCACCUGGCCGAGCGCGAGCUGGGCGCUCGCCGCGACUUCUCCAGCGUCCCCGCCAGCUACUGGUGGGCCGUCAUCUCCAUGACCACCGUGGGCUAUGGAGACAUGGUACCGCGCAGCCUUCCCGGCCAGGUGGUGGCGCUGAGCAGCAUCCUCAGCGGCAUUCUGCUCAUGGCCUUCCCGGUCACCUCCAUCUUCCACACCUUCUCGCGCUCCUACUCGGAGCUUAAGGAGCAGCAACAGCGCGCGGCCAGCCCUGAGCCAGUCCUGCGUGAGGACAGCACACGCGACGACAGCACGCGUUCGGCCAGCGCCACCGAGGACAAUUCACAGGACCCCGAGAGCGCAGGCACAGCAGGGAGCUCACCAAGCCGGAGGGGACCCUGAACAGAGUGCUCUGCUUAAGAGCUUGGGAGGGAGGGGGGUCCAAAGCCUCGGAAGACACCAAAGGUCUGCUGACCCAGGAGUCUCAAACUUGGUCUGGCAUGUUGUUGCAGCCGGCCUGGCACCCCAAGCAACCCCGAGCUUCGCGUAGCCUGGAGGAUAUAGCAGCCUGGUCUUUCUCUGCUUUUUAUUUAACCUCCAGUUUUAAAUUUUCUAUGGCUAAUUAAAAAUAAUUGAGUCCCAGAAAAUCCAAGCCUGAAGCAAAUGCCAGACACUCUAACUUUUGCCCCCUCCCUGCCCGCUCCUAAUCUAGGGCAGCCCCCCUCCCAACAGAGGGUGACAUCUACCUUGUGACCCUCAGUGGGCACUAUCCCAUGUAAAGGACACCCCACACGGCCCAUGUCCCCAUCACCUGCCAAAUGAUGGGGCAGAGGUUUGACGAGGUACUUAGCCCCCAGUUCUGCCUAACUGCUCUUUUGCAGAGAUAGAAAUCUCAGCGCUGUUCCUCAACAUCUCAAUCAGGUGAUCAGGUUGCUCACGGUUUGCAGCAUGGCCUUUUAACCCUUUCCCUGCCGUCCCAGCUAGCCUGUGGGAAGGCUAUCUGUCUCCAGGGCAUGUUUGGAAUGUUUCCCUCAAGUGAGAGCAAAAACCCGGGUGACAGGUCUAGUGGGGUACAGGGGCAGUUCGAGGAGAUGGUGAGGACACCCCUAGGAGGCUCUUACUGGGACACUGAUAGACCAAGGGAAGCAUGGCCUUUCUCUGCUCCGUAGAGGUGAGGAAAAUGGAACUUGCUUUGCUCUUUCCAACAAGCCCACACUUGCCUGUAAUCACACUUGGGAAGCGGAGGCAGGAGGAUCAGACGUUCACCAACAUUCCCCACCCGCACCACACACGCUCCACACCUGAGACAGACCUCCUCCAUCAGGAGGGAAGAUCCUGUCUUCAGGCCGUCAUCACUGCCUACUGCAUAGUAAGUAGCUUCCAGCAAGGCCCCUACAUGAGCUCAGUACAGGCCCGUUUGGGGCCCUUGUACUUGGCAAGAAUCUACUGCAACCAAAUAAAAAGUUGCUCGCCCUUC